AUGGCUUCUUCAAGUAAUACCUUGGUUAUUACGCGCAUGGAUUCCAAACUGUUCCAAGCUGCUGUCAAUGGCGAAAUUGAAGUGUUCAAGAGUACCAACGAACUUCGUCUCGAUCUAUUAUUGACCCCAGAAAUGAACACAGUUCUCCAUGUCAAUAUCAUCGCUUCAGAAACUCAAGACGAGAGCUUUGUGAAAGAGAUCCUAGACAUGUGUCCACCGCUGUUGCUGCAAACCAAUGCAAGAGGAGAGACUCCAUUACUCAUGGCAGCAAGGUACGGCCAUGGCCUUAUUGUUCAGCUUCUUAUUAAUCGUGCAAAAUUACUUGAACAGAACGAUCAUCUUGAGAUGAGGGCCAGGAGUGCCAGUAUACACAUACACAUUAUGAUGAUGAGGACGAGGAAUGAAGAAGAGGACACUGCGUUGCACGAGGCUGUGCGGUUCCAGCAUCUUGAGGUUGUGCGUAUCUUGACGAGAGAAGACCCUCAUUUCUCAUACUCCGCUAAUGAAGCUGGGGAGACUCCACUUUACAUAGCCGUCGAGGGAGGGUACUUGAAAUUGGUUGAUCAAAUACUAACCAAUUGCACAUCACCAGCCACUCAGGGUCCUAUUGGCAGAAAUGUACUGCAUGCUGCAGUUAUGCCUGUAAAUGCAGCCCUGACAAGAAUGCUUUUGGGAGAAUUAUCAAAUCUGACCAAACAACCAGAUGAGGAAGGCUUGAUUCCUCUACAUCAUGCUGUGGGGCAGUACAUUUGGAGUGGUUUGGAGAUUAUAGAGAUGCUGUUAGAAAAAGAUGAAAGCAGUGCCUACAUCAAAAAUAAACAAGGCAAAGCAGCUCUUCACAUUGCAGCUUCCGACUAUAACAGAGGUUAUGAAAUAAUGAAAAAAAUUCUAUCAAGGUGUCCAGAUAACUACGAAGUUGUUGACAAUGAAGGCAGAAACUUUCUACACUAUGUUGUGACAGAACAAUCUCUCCCCACAGUAAAAUUAAUCUUAGAACAUUCUUACCUGAGCAAUUACCUAUUGGAUAGGAAAGAUAAUGAAGGAAAUACUCCCUUGCUUCAUAUGCUUGCAACUUCACCAAAGUAUCCAGAAAACCUACAAGCUUUGUUGUCUCACUCCAGAGUGAAUAGGAUGUCAUUCAACAAACAAAACAAAAAUAUUCUUGAUAUGGCGUAUAGUCUUGAUCACAAAGAAUAUAAUAAUAAGAGAGAAGUGUUAGAAUUCUUAUAUACAUACCCCAUGAUAAGGAGUUGUAUACGAAAAUCAUCCCCAAUAGAUGAUGGUAGAAGACAAAUAUUAACCAAUCUUAAGAAAAGGAAGGAUGAGCAGAAAGAAAGAAUAAGGACUGCAAUUGCAAACUAUAGAGAGUCUACUCUAGUUGCGGCUACAUUGAUUGCAACAGUGACAUUCGCAGCAGGAUUUACGUUGCCCGGAGGUUACAUGAGCAGCGAAGCUGGGCAUCGACAACAAGCAGGCAGUGCUGUUCUCAGUAAUAGCAUAGCGUUUAGAGCCUUUAUGAUAACAGACACAAUAGCCAUGAUGCUCUCUACCACGGCUGUCUUUAUCAACCUCUUCAUGACUAUAGCAUCCGUCAACCAAGAGGGAAAUGAGAAAUUCGAGUCUAACUACGAGAUGUCUAUGAAUUUCACAAUGUGUGCCUUGGGAUUCAUGGUGAUAGCAUUUGUCACUGGUAUGUAUGCAGUGUUGUCACUUUCCAUUGCUCUUGCCAUCGCCACUUGUGUUAUUGGAUUGUCUUUCUUCGUUCUCAUGUUCUUUAUAACCAAAGCCAGAUUUAAAGGAAUUGAUUUCAGCCUUAAAAAAUUUCAAUUGAUUAGAGUGGGUUAAGUUCAUGAUUCCCAUUUUUCUUUGAACAAUGCUAUUCAGCUCACUUGAA